UUCGUAUCUGUGGAAAUGUCGUUCGCUCAAGGUGUCAUGAUAAAUUUUGCUAAGUCAAAAGUAUGGACCCUUGGAAGUGUCUCCUCAAAGGUUGUGCAAGCAGCUGGAAGACCAGUGAUGCCUGUUCACUGUACUCUGAGGAGUCCUUCCAUCUCCUCCACUAUGCGUUUCAGCACCGUUUCAGUUCACGAGCAAAAUACUAAAGCCCCCCCCCAUGUAACGGAAGAGAAAGUUCACCUUACCGAAUCGUGCGUGAAGAGGUUGAGUGAGAUCAUGGAGAAGGGCGAAUAUUUGAGGAUCCAGGUGGAAGGUGGUGGCUGCUCAGGAUUUCAAUAUAAAUUCUCAGUGGACACAGCCAAAAAUGAAGAUGACAGAGUAUUUGAACAAAAUGGGGUUGGUGUGAUAGUGGAUCAAGACAGUUUGGAUUAUGUGAAGGGUGCGACAAUAGAUUUCAGUCAGGAGCUUAUCCGCUCAUCCUUUCAAGUUCUGAAGAAUCCGCAGGCGGACCACGGCUGCUCCUGUGGAUCCUCUUUCUCCAUUAAAGUCUGAGAUGACCCCUGCUCUCCUUAGAGUGUUAUGUUAGGAGUCUCCAGGCACUGAAAACUUUAAAUUUGCCAUUGUCACACUAAGAGAGCUAAUUUAUGCGGUAGUAGAGCUUUACUCUGUUUUGUGGUAUAUCUGCACAUUGAUUAUGACUAGGGCCCAGUUCUUCCCUCUGAAAGUGAUGUUGUUCAUAGGUCUAAAACAACUUUUGAGAACAACUUCUCCCAUGCAAUGUUUGUAAAUUUUUGAUGCACACAGAAACUGAUGCGUGGUAAAAUUCCCCUCCAAGCAGCAUUGCGUCUGUUGACAGAGUUCCUUGAGUGGUAUGUGCAAUAGUUCUUUUGACCUUAAUGUGUUGCAAGAUCACAUAUCUUUAAUUUGAUACCAUUACGAACAAAAUGCAUUGCCCUUCAUUUUAGUCGUCACUCUGUUUCCCUCUAUUCCCAGAGUAUUUAAGUUUGCUUAGUCGUAAGUGGCUUGGUUUGACCACUGACACUGAGAAAGUUGAGUAAGAGCAGAUUGAUAUUUAUUGAUUUUGCAAGUAUGUGCACCAUAUCACAGACUUGUUUUCUUCCUUCAGUGUGUUUGCUGUAUGCCUGCUUGUUCAAUUCUGAUGUUGAA